UUAAGGAUCGCUCGUGGAACGACUUAACGAGUCGUUUUUCUCCCCCCAGCACAACUCGUUCCACGCUCGGGACUCCGCCAGCACGUUGUCGGGCUUUGUUGUUUCCGACUCGCACCCGAGACACGAUGGCGAUGUUCGUGGAUCCAGAUUACCUCGCCGCGGAGUGUCUGGUGUCCAUCUCCAGCGGGCCGGUUCUGCACCGGGUGGCCGCCCGGGCCCUGAGCCCCGGAGACGCGGACGGAUCGAGCGAGGACCGGGAGGUGCGGGAGACUCUCCGGAUGGAGGAGGGCGCGGUGGCGGACACGCACGCCGCUUUCCGGCCCAUGUCGGCCCACUCGGAGAGCAGCAGCAGCAGCUCGUCGUCGUCCAGCUCGUGCGGAGAGAGCGGCUACGGCACGCUGUGCGAGUCGGCCACCGCGACCCCGACCAUGACCCCGGCCGGUACACCGGUUCCCGGACAGUCCGGCCGCAAUGCCCUCCAGCAGACCUGGGCGGAGGGAGGAGGGGCCCCGCGCUCCCCCACCAAGCGCCACCCGUGUACCUUCCACGGCUGCGACCGGGUGUACGGAAAAUCCUCUCACCUGAAAGCGCACAUCCGCACCCACACAGGUGAGCGGCCAUUCCCAUGCACCUGGGCCAACUGCGAGAAGAAGUUUGCCCGCUCGGACGAGCUGGCGCGCCACCUGCGCACCCACACGGGCGAGAAGCGAUUCCAGUGCCCGCUGUGCGUCAAGCGCUUCAUGCGCAGCGACCACCUGAUCAAACACGCCCGCCGUCACCCCGACUUCCACCCGUCCAUGAUCGGCCGCCGAGGGCACGCCGUCAGUCCGGGGUCAUCGGUCAGCGAGUCGGUGCAAUAA